AAUUUUUAAUUUUCUGACCACAUUUCUUGGAGCUCAAUCAGUCAAAAAUGGCCAACUCCUACUACGAGUCUCCGGCCACCCAAACUCCACUACUACUCGACGACGACGUGGUGGAGGCCGCCGUUGACUACCAAGGACACCCGGUCCUCAGGUCCACCACAGGCGGUUGGCGUUCCGCCUCAUUCAUAAUAGGUGUGGAGAUUGCGGAGAGGGUCGCCUACUAUGGUAUUGCCUCCAACCUUAUCUCCUAUCUGACAGGGCCUCUGGGUCAGUCAACGGCCACGGCGGCUCAAAAUAUCAACGUUUGGGACGGAACGGCGUCGUUGCUCACUUUGUUGGGAGCGUUCUUGGCCGAUUCUUACCUCGGACGCUACCGCACCAUCGUUGUUGCUUCUCUCCUCUACAUUUUGGGACUUGGCUUGUUGACCCUCUCGGCCUUGCUUCCUUUUCUAAGUGCUUCUGACUGUGAAACAACCAAUCAGUCCACAUCAUGUUCUUCUCGGCUUCAAGAAUUGUUAUUCUUCUUCUCUAUAUAUCUAGUAGCUGUGGGGCAAGGUGGACACAAGCCUUGCGUUCAGGCUUUUGGAGCUGAUCAGUUUGAUGGACAAGAUCCAGAGGAAUGCAAAGCCAAAAGCUCAUUCUUCAAUUGGUGGUAUUUUGGUAUAUGUGCAGGUCCCUUGUGUACAUUUUCCUUAUUAGCCUACAUACAGGACAACCUGAGCUGGGGUCUUGGUUUUGGAAUUCCUUGUAUUGUGAUGGUCCUCGCAUUGUCUAUUUUCCUUCUUGGAACUAGAACUUACCGGUAUAGCGUCAAAGGGGAUGAGGAAAGUCCGUUUGUGAGAAUUGGUAAGGUGUUUGUUGUAUCAUUAAGGAAUUGGCGAACUUGUUCUUCAGCAAUAGCUUCUGAAGAGGAAUCUCGAGGAAUUCUGCCUCACCAAAGUUCUGAACAAUUCAAGUUCCUCAACAAAGCCUUGCUUGCUCCAGAUGAUUUGAAGGGAAAUGGGAAGGUGUGUACCGUCGUCGAGGUUGAAGAAGCAAAAAGCAUUCUUCGGCUAUUUCCAAUAUGGGCUACAUGCUUGGCAUAUGCUAUUGUGUUUGCACAGUUUUCGACCUUCUUCACCAAGCAAGGUGCUACCAUGAACAGAACAAUCGUGCCAGGUUUUGACAUACCACCAGCUUCCCUUCAGACUUUUAUCAGCCUAGCAACUAUCAUCUUCAUUCCCAUUUAUGACCGCAUUUUUGUACCAAUGACUAGAGCUUAUACUAGGAAACCCUCUGGCAUCACAAUGCUACAGAGAAUUGGAACAGGGAUGUGUUUAUGUGCUAUUUCCAUGGUUGUUGCAGCUCUGGUUGAGAUGACAAGGCUGCAAACUGCGAAAGAUUAUGGUCUGGUUGAUAAUCCAAGUGCUACAGUUCCAAUGAGUAUUUGGUGGUUGGCUCCUCAGUACUUGUUGAUGGGAUUAGCCGAUGUUUUCACAAUGGUUGGUUUGCAAGAGUUUUUCUAUGACCAGGUGCCAACUGAGUUAAGGAGUGUAGGACUUGCCCUCUACCUCAGUAUAUUUGGUGUUGGAAGCUUUUUCAGCAGCUUUCUUAUCUCGGCUAUUGAGAAAGCUACCAGUGGGAUGGGUCAAGAUAGCUGGUUUUCAAAUAAUUUGAACCGUGCACAUCUUGAUUACUUCUAUUGGCUACUUGCUGGACUCAGUGUGGUAGAAUUGGCUAUCUUUGUGUAUUUUGCAAAAUCUUACAUUUAUAAUAGGAGAGGUACAAUAUGAAAACCUUGUUCUUGCAGUUAUUGUAAUUAUAAAGUGAAAUGUAAUAUAAAUCUAGUGGUCUCA